CGCCGGGCCAAUGGGCGGCGGGGGCGGCGCGUUUAAACGACGGCGACAGGUAGCUGCGUAGUCGCUGUUCUGUUGGCUGCGCUUCAACGUGUCGCGGCGCCAUGCCGAGCCGGCCCGAGGACUACGAGGUGCUGCUCACCAUCGGCGCCGGCUCCUACGGCAAGUGCCAGAAGGUGCGGCGCCGGGCGGACGGCAAGGUCUUAGUUUGGAAAGAGCUUGACUAUGGCUCUAUGACCGAAGCCGAGAAACAAAUGCUUGUUUCGGAAGUGAAUUUACUCCGGGAGCUGAAACACCCAAACAUUGUCCGGUAUUAUGAUCGCAUCAUUGACAGAACUAACACAACCCUGUACAUCGUGAUGGAGUAUUGUGAAGGAGGUGACCUGGCUAGUCUAAUUGCAAGAUGUACAAAGGAAAGACACUACUUAGAGGAAGACUUUGUUCUCCGCAUGUUGACUCAGUUGACCCUGGCCUUGAAAGAAUGUCAUAGACGGAGUGAUGGUGGCCACACUGUGUUGCACCGUGACCUAAAACCAGCAAAUAUUUUUCUAGAUAGCAAGCACAAUGUGAAACUUGGAGACUUUGGAUUGGCUAGGAUAUUGCACCAUGAUACCAGUUUUGCUAAAACAUUUGUUGGCACUCCAUAUUACAUGUCUCCAGAACAAAUGAACCGCAUGUCAUAUAACGAAAAAUCAGACAUCUGGUCUCUAGGAUGCUUGCUAUACGAGCUAUGUGCACUCUCGCCUCCAUUUACAGCUUAUAACCAAAAGGAGUUGGCAGAGAAGAUAAAAGAAGGGAAGUUCAGACGAAUACCCUAUCGUUAUUCAGAUCAGUUGAAUGAACUUCUUAAAAAGAUGCUGAAUUUAAAGGACUACUGUCGACCCUCUGUUGAAGAAAUUCUACAGAAUCCCUUGAUAGCUGACUUGGUGGUAGAAGAGCAGAGAAACCUCUCUGAGAGGAGAGGACGAAGGUCAACAGAGCCAGAAAGGCUGCAGCAUUCAGGCACUGCAGUAAAUGAGCUAAAACUGAAGGAACAACAGUUGCAGGAGAGAGAACGAGCCAUAAAAGAGAGAGAGCAACAACUGGAACAGAGGGAGCGGGAGCUAUGUGUUCGUGAGAGACUGGCAGAAGAUAAACUUGCUAGGGCUGAGAACUUGAUGAAAAACUACAACCUAUUCAAGGAACAGAGGAUAUUGGCAGGUGCAAAAAGCCCAGAUGAAGUGCUACUUCCCUCUUCAGCAAGAAAGAAGGUUCACUUUGGUGCAAGUAAAGAGAAUGCUAUAUCCAGUGAUUUGGAGAAUUAUCCUCUCCCAAAAGAAAAAUGCUCUGAGCUGAAGAAACGCCUUUAUGCCGCUAACCUGCGGGCUCAAGCAUUGUGCGAACUGGAAAAAAAUUAUCAACUAAAAAGCAGGCAAAUUCUGGGCAUGCGCUGAAACUGUGUACAGUAUUUAACAUUUUAAUGUCACUUAAUGUAUAGGUACAACUAUUGCGCUCCUUUUGUCUUGAUUUUAUUUUUUUACCAUCUCAAUCCUGUUUUGUUUUAGCAGAGAUGCUACCAUUUUAACUUUCUUUUACAUAAAAGAAGUUAUGUAUGUGUUUCCCUUUUCUAUGAAUUUUCCAUCAUAGACUGUCCAUGCUUGAAAGGACACUUCAGUGGAACAGAAGGAUAGCUUUGAUAAAUAGUCAAACAUGAAAAUACUUGUUUGACGUAGAGAGAGAAAGUGGCUAAGUUGAGAGAAUGAAGGAUGUCUAUAAAUUAAGAAUUAAUUCUGAAACUACAUAAGUGAUGUAGGUAGCUUUUUUAAUUUAAAAAAGUGUCUUGAUGUGAUAGAUGUAUUUUUCUUUCAGUUGAAAAGUUCUAUGAAAACCUUUAAAAAAAUUAGUGUGUAAAUUUACCUGUUGUACAAUUAUUUUACACCAUUUCCUUUUUUAGAUCAAAGAAAUCUUGUAUCCUUUUGUUGCCACCUUAUACUUUUUAAUUUUAAAAGUAUUUUCUGUAAUAUUGUAAACAUACAACUGCUUGUAGCUAUUCUUGUUUCAUAUGACAGCAAGAGCAAAGAUGUGAAAAGGUUGCUAUUCUACCCCCUUUCACCAAUUAACUGAUCUACCCAUAACUGAAGGUAGACAUAAUGUACUAAAAUAAAAAUCUAUUUUCCAGCAUC